UUAACCCACCUUACCUUGUGAAUUGACAGUGCAGCGGUUUCUGAGUAUCUGAGGGAAUUAAAAAUCGUUGCAUCCCAGGCUGUCUAACUUUGUUGUUUAUUGUUUUGAAAGAGAAGAUGUCUUACGCGGCUGACUCAGGUGAAGGGAAGGUAGAGGUAGUAGUGAAGGAGGAAGAGCAACCUUCCCCCUCUGCUCCUGCCCCUCCUCCUCUCACCCCUGCUCAGCGGCGUAAGCAGGAAAUCCAGGAAAAACUGCGAGAGCAACAGGCGCUGCUCGCAGAAGCUGAGAGACAGGAGGUUGCAGAAUUAGAGGCUGCAACAGAUGCGUCUCGCAAGGAAUUUUUGCUGCAGCAAGCAGAGAAGACUAUGGUUGAUGACAGGGUGACCCAUUGCACAAAGUAUCAGGCUGAGCUGGGCACAAAGACUGGAGAUCUUUUGGCCACGCAGCACUGGGUAUGGAGGCCAAGCUCCAUGUCCAGGCCCCUUCCAGUGACGGGAAGAAAGGCGUUUUCCCUCGCGGUGGUAGAAGGGGAAAAGCGGCCUUUGCGCAUGCAGGAUCUGCGUCAUCUUCUUAUGCAGGAUCCCGGCCUGCCCAACUCGGUCAAAAAACUGAAGCUGAACCUGGAGACAGCAGUUCCCUCCAGUGCUGCACCUGCAUCUGCAUCUGCAGCAACUUCAGUUGAGACUUGUGUCCUUCCCAGUAUGGGGACUGCACGGGCAGCAUCCUUCACUUAUGAGGAUCGUGACCCGGAUCAGGAACCGGACCAGUCUGAGUGUCAAUCACUUGCUGCUUUUCUCUUUCAUCUGAAAGAGCAAAAGAAGAACAAGUCUGAUCUCAUACUCCUUCGGCCCCUGAUCAAUCACAGCAGAAUCAAACGGCUGCUGGACUAUGGAGCCACCCGAAAUUUCAUGUCUCCCAGUGCAGUCAAAAAACUGCAUCUGGGCAUGAAAGUAGUGCAACUGCAGCAACCGCUGCAGGUCAGGAUAGGUGACUCCACUGUACUAACUAUCCGGGAGAAGGUCAAGCAAACAGAUGCCCCCAUCACUCCCUGUCCUCCUAAGAUACAACAGGUAGUUGACCAGUAUGCUAAUCUGAUGCAGGAGCCCUUUGGAUUACCCAACCGGCCAACCAAGCAUCAUAUUGAGCUGCUGCCUGGAGCGGUCCGUCCCAAGGGCCGCAUCUACAGGAUGUCUCCUGCUGAGCUUAAGGAGCUCAGACGACAGCUUGAGACCCUGACCAGCAAAGGCUGGAUCAGGCCCAACACUUCUGAAUCCGGUGCCCCAGUCCUCUUUGUUCCAAAGCGGAGUGGCGAGUUUAUAAUGUGCAUCGACUACAUGGCUCUCAACAAGAUCACUAGGAAGAGUACAGAGCCACUUCCUAGGAUCGAUGACCUUCUUGAUAUUGUCCAGGGAUGCACCAUCUUCAGCAAAGUCGACCUCAAAUCUGGUUACCACCAGAUUGAGAUGGAAGAGGAGGAUGUCCACAAGACAACCUUCAAAAACCAGAUAUGUGAUGAGUGGCAGUCCUACUGCAAGGACUACCUGCACUCACACCUGGACAUGACUUCUGGUUGCCAUCCUGAAGCCAAUGGAUUGGCUGAAGUGAUGAACCAAGUCCUAUUCCAUCUGCUGCGUCCUGUCAUCUCGCCAGAUCAACAGGACUGGGUUCUACACUUAGCGAGGGCACAACUCAUGUAUAACAUGUCUGUCCACUCCUCGACAGGGUUUAGUCCCUACCGAUUACACAAGGGACGUGAGCCACGACAACCUCUCGACGAUAUCAUCGAUAAGGCUAAGCCUGAUUUGACCCGAGACACGGCAAAGUUCGCUAGACGCUAUCGUCUGGAUGUGGAAAGAGCCCGCGCGAACUUGUUCAAAGCCCAAAAGACUAUGAUUGAACAAGCUAAUCGCCACAGGCGGCCUUCCCCCAUCCGCACUGGUGAUCAUGUCUGGGUGGCCAGCUCUGAGCUGUCGAGGGAGGAGGACAUCUCCUCCAAGCUUUUGCCACAUGUCUUCAAUGAGGAGGAAUGCGAGGGCCAAGAGGGGGAGGAUGGUGGUGAGGAGGACGGCGGGGGCAAUGAAGGAGAUGUGGAUGGUGAAGACAACGACGUGGACAACGACAGAUAUGUUGGUGAUGAGGAAGUCGAAGACAAUCGCUUCUACCAAUACGAGCGCCCCCGCGACGUCAACGAAACACAUGCUUGUCGUGGGGAUGACGCCUAUGACGUUGGUGAUGAGGCUGAUGGCCAGCCUGCAACCUCCCAUGGAGUGUCGCAGUCGCAUAACCAGGCGAAGGAUGGGAGAGACAAACAUGGCUCACGGGGAAAGAAAACGAGGGGAGAAGCGUUGAUCUCUCAAAUGAGUCAAACGAAACAAGCAAGGAGUGACGCCGUCAAUGAGGCUCGCGGAGCGUUGACGGCAUCCCAGGAAACGCGGGCUCCUCGGAAAACUGGCGGGGGGGGGGGGCGAACUCGCAGUCGUGGCGGAGACCGUGACGUCGGUAGGAAAGACUCGCAGAGGGUCAGGUCACAUGAACUGCGGGAAUCGGGGGAUGAGGGCGAGGGGGUGGGGCCUUGCAUGCCCGAAGGUGUUGACGACCCGGUUUAGCACACCGCGCCCCUCAACACGACGCGCUGUUUCUUUCUUGAAUACGACGAGCACGACUUCGUCAGCAACACGUCC